AAUAACUGCUAAAUAUAGUUAAGUUUCGGUUUCCAAACCUCAGAAAUGAUACUGAACUUUCCUAUUCCAGUGAACCCAGCCUCCACUCAGCAGUUGCUGUCUUGUUGUGUUUGAAGGUGGAAGGAAAUACAGGCUUAAGGAAACACGGAAAAGAAGAGCGUCAAAAUAAUGGAGUCGGAAAUAUUGAAGAUCAUCUGCGCCAAUCAAGGAUCAGUUGACACUGAUUAUUUGAUAUUGAAUCUCGGCUUAGGCGAUGAAAUUCAUAAUAUCAUUAGUAACCGAGAUAGAUUUGCUUUGUGUAGUCCUUUCGGGCAGCCGAAGGUGGUGGCGAGGACCAGACUGAAACUGUGCAGAGUCAGAGAGUGUCCGGGAUCAUGCAAGGCGCUGCACCUGUGUAAAAAGUUCCUCCUCACCGGAUCCUGUCCGUUCACUCGGUCAAGGACAGGAUGCAAAUACUCCCAUGAGCUGGACUGUGAUCACAAUGCGGGGUUACUGCAAGCGCAUGAGCUGGAGAGUCUGAGCCGGGCCGAGCUGUGCACACUGCUGCUGCAGAGCGACAACUGGCUCCUGCCUGAUAUAUGUCAUAAUUACAACAAUGGCGGCGGGGAGUUCGGUCUGUGUCAGGAGGGUUUUGCCUGCAAGAGACUGCAUAUCUGUGAGAGGUUCCUGAACCGCGACUGCAGCUGCUCCAAGGCUCAUGAUUUUAAUGCUCCACAGCCAUACAAGAGCCUGCAGGAGAAAGGCGUUCCUGAAGACCUUCCUCAUUCCUUGAAGUCUGUUUAUGCAAACAUAUUGGCUUUGAAGUACGCUGACAGAAAGCAACCAAAUCUUCCCAACAACAGUGACGUGAACAGCGACAAUGGCCGGAAUAACGGAAGGAGAUGGGGAGGCAACAGGGGAAAUAGAGGCAACAGAGGCAACAGAGGCAACAGGGGCAACAGGGGCAAUAGAGGAAAUAGAGGAAACCCAGGCAACAGUCAACCGGCGCAACGAACCUCUUCCACUGAUGACAUCCUUGCUGAAAUCAAUGACGAUGGAAUGAACGAUUGGCUAAACUCUUCCACGAGUGACAUCUCCGUUGCUGCCAGCGGCACCGAUGCGAGCUGCGUCGAUGGUCAGAACAAAAAAGAAAAUCCGAAUAAAACUUCAACAGCUGUCAGAGAGAAUGUCAGGAACACAGGCGGCAGACCAUCAACCAGUUCCACUAAUGACAACCCCGGUGCUGUCCUCGGCGAUUCAAACACCGAUGAUGGACCGAACAGGAGGCAAAGACAAAGACCUGUUAGAGAUAAAACUGAGAUAUGCAUGUUCUUCAUCAAAGGACACUGUAUACAUGAGGAGCGAUGUUUUAAAGCUCACGACAAGAUGCCGUACAGAUGGGAGGUCAGAGAGGACGAUCAAUGGACCGCCUUGACUGAUAAUGAAAAUGAGGCGAUUGAGAAGGACUACUGUGACCCUAAAAACACAUACAGUGACAGCACCCCACCUGUGCAUUUUGACACAAUGACCCGUGGAUCGAACAACGUCCGACGACUCUCUACCACAAACUCUUUGCUUGAGCCAACCUUCAUCCACACCACUGAGUGGGUUUGGUACUGGGAGGAUGAGUUUGGAAAGUGGAACAUGUACGCUUCAGCUGCUGGUGGACGCAGAGUAGCAGACGUAGACAGUCCUACACUGGAGCAGAAGUUUCUGGACAAUGACAAAGAUGUGGUGGAGUUCACCGCUGGUUCACAGUCAUACUCACUCAGUUUCCCCGACAUGAUACAGACAAACAAGCAGUAUGGCACCAAGAGGCUCGUGAAAAGACGGCCGCUGUUUGUCUCCGCAGCUGAUGUCAAAACAAAGAAAACGAGAAGGCCUCCUGGUCAACUAAAUUUGACUGAUGUACCUGACCACUGGGACAAGACACAGAUUCCUCCAAAAGGAUACAAGCGAGUCCCCCUGCAGCGCUCCUCGGAUGAAUUUAAGGAGAUUGAAACUCUUUUCUGUAAAACCAUGAGAGGCUUUGACAUUGUCCAAAUUGAGAGGAUUCAGAACAAAGCUCUUUGGGAAGUUUUUCAGUGGCAGAAAAAGCAGAUGAAGAUCAACACCAAGGCAUCCUAUGUGAAUGAAAAAAAGCUUUUUCAUGGCACUGACUCUAAAUACGUAGAUGUCAUCUGCCACACCAACUUUGACUGGAGAAUCUGUGGAACUCAUGGAACAGUUUAUGGCAAAGGUAGUUACUUUGCCAGAGAUGCAAAAUACUCCCACAACUACACCGGUGACUCUGAUGUCAAAUCCUUGUUCAUCUCACGGGUGCUGGUGGGAGAUUACACCAGAGGGUCCUCCGACUACGUCCGACCUCCUUCUAAGGACGGCGGAGACAUAAACUUCUAUGACAGCUGCGUCGACGAUGUUAUAUCCCCUUCCAUCUUUGUUGUGUUUGAGAAGCACCAGAUCUACCCCGAGUACCUGCUGCAGUACAAGUCCACGCAACCGCCCAUCGACUUAUUUGGUACUGCGUCAGUACCGGCACCGAGACCAGUACCAGUACCGAGGCCAGCUCCCCAACCAAUCAGACCAGCUCCACAACCAAUCAGACCAGCUGCCCAACCCAGUAUAUCAGUUUAUCAACCCAGCACAUUGGUUCAACCCAGCACACCCUCAUACCAACCCGGUACAUCCGUUUAUAAAUCCAGCACAGCCUCGUACCAACGCAGCACUUUGACUUACCAACCCAGCACAUCCUCUUACCAAUACCAACCCAGCAGAAUGGUUAACCAAACCACGUCAUAUCCAUCUCCUCCACCUUCCUCACCAAGUCCGAAACCAAAGAAGUCUGAUUCCUGCGUCAUUGCUUAGGGACAAAGCUGUAAGACUCAACAACAAGGCCUUUUGAUAAUUAGGCAAUGAUAUCCUUUGAAGUGUGAGGAGUAGAGUGGCUUUAAUGCAGUAGUGUCCCUUAGACUGCUUAUUUAAUUAAAAGACCAUAUAAAACUAAUCUUAUCUUAUCUGCCACCAUUUUCUGUGUCUUCGAUGUAAGCUUAUCACGUGUACAUCAUGGUUUAUUCACUAAGUCUGUUUCCAUUGACCAUUGCACAUAUUGAUAUGUGGUUAACAUUAAUAAAUGUACAAUUAACACAUUAAUACAUUUUGCUCAGGAAUUUCUAAUUGAUGAAAUGAGGUUUUGUAGUGUGUAUGUAAACUGUUUUUGUUUCACACAAUUUUUAGAGUGUACAAUUGUUGACAGCACCACUUGCAGAUUUUGUUUCAUUUGAUUACACAACGAUUCUACUGCAACUAAAAAUUCCAUUUCCCAAUAUGUUGAACUGUUGGCAAAAUGCUGAUAUUUUGUGCAUUGAAUAAAUAAAUAAAUGAAUGUAAUAUUAUUCUGAACUGCAGACAGAAUCACUAUUUUGGUCUGCGUUAUAAGGCGCUGUUUGUUACUGUGGGAGCUGCAGUUCCUUCUGUCUUUCCCUGUCUGCCUCAUAAGUAAAUUGAAAACGCCACCAGCGGUCGGGUUGAGCCUCUUAGUGAAAUGAGGCAGGGCAUAAAAGAUCAUCAGUAUGGCUGCUGGUGCUUCCUGUGACAUUAGGGCUGCAAAUCACACACACACACACACACACACACACACACAAUAUAUACACUAGUAACUGCCUCCUGUUUUUCCUGACAAACUGCACUGUGUGAUUGUGAAUAUGUUUGCAUAUUAAGAUGAGAUUUCACUAUAGUUAUGCACCCUGACUUUUUCAUUGGAUCAUUCCACAUGCAGAACAAAUGCACCUUGGUGAUGUUUAACUUUAUGCAGUGAUUUAUGUUUCUGUAUGAACAUUAAGUCAUUCAUUUAUUUUAAACCAGAAUGCAUUUUUUAAAAACAUGACAUGUACUUUGAUCAGUGCAAAUGUAAAUGUAAAAUUCACUGAAAUAAACUACUUUGGUACUUCGA